GCUUUUAACUACAGAAAUAAACCAGAUAAACUCUGAAUAUGAAGUCCUGCAGAUGCAGUCUUGCAAGAUGAAACAAGAUGACCAAAACAAAAAUGACAAAACUGAGAGAAUUCAAAAGGUCCGCAGUAUGUGGACACUUAUAAUGGAAAUGCUUACAUCUCUGAAAAAGGAAAAGGAAGUUGUGGAUUCUGUACUUGAAGAGCGUGAUGGUCGGUGUAUUUUAGAUGGAACUAACGUUGUUUUCAGUGUUCCAGAAUUGUUGGUUCACAAAGUUGAAAAUGACAUACACCAAUGUUGUACAGGAAAUGUAUAUGAAGCUGAAAAACUGAAUUUCUUAACAGUUAUUCAGUUAUUAAAUGAAGCUUUGAGGACAUUGAGAGAUGCAUAUUUUCAAUCUGAAGUAAAAAAACAACUUCAGGUCUUUGAGAAUAAGCUUAUGCUCCACAAUGAAGUACUACAGGCUUUGGAAGCAAAGAGGCUACGAGAUGAACAGCAUUGUGUGUCAGUGACUGGAUCUAUUUCUACAAAACAGAAAUACUGGGAAGUGAAGUGGAAAAGCUUUCUUCAGCUGUGUCCUUUUGAUUUUAUCUUGGAUCAGGAUCCAGAACUUGAUUUAAGAGCUUUGUCACCCCAUUCUUGUAAUCUUGCAGAAGAUGAUGAUGAUGAUGAUAGCGUCUUUUGUCAAUAUAUAGUAUCAAAUCCAGAUUUUUGUGACUCUAUUCCUGAAGUAUGUUCUAAGAAAGAUGAUGAGGCAUUGGAAACUGUGAUGGGUGAUGAAGCAUUGGAAACUAUGAUGGAUGAGUCAACACCAUCACCAGGAUGCCCCUUUCCUCCCCGCUCCCCCUUCCCUGCAAGGAUCUCAUCAGUGCCUUUGGAGGAGUUGUCAAAAGCAUCUGAAAACACAGAUGUGCUAAUUGAAAAGAACUUUCAUAUUGAAACUUGCAAGGAGGGAAAAAAUUCUGUCCCUCCACACAUCUUAAAAAAUGAAAAGGAUGAGUCCACCGUGUCAAAAGUACGGGAGAAUGCAGAUGGUCAUGUUAUCCAGACAGAGUCUCCUGUCAAAAAAGAAGACCCUCUUAAGAAAGCCAUAGAUGACCUGGCAGAAGAGGUUGCAAAAACAGUGAUAGCUGAGUCAUCUCAGAGUGGUGAAGGAAAAGCAAUGGGAUUAGAAGAUCUCAUUAGCUCACUGGCUUUUAACCCAUUUCUAACAAGGAAACAAAUUCCCAGAACGCCAGAAAAUCUGCUUACUGAAAUUAGAAGUUCAUGGAGAAAAGCUAUUCAGACUGAGGGUUCAUCAGACACAGAGCUGGCCGCAACUGAAGUAGUGACAGAAGAUGCUCCCAUGGAUGUUAGACCUAUAAUGCAGAAGGCUGCAGACUCUAGUUUCCUGUCCUCUAUCCUUGCAUCUCCUGUACCUGACUUUGAUCCUCCCUUGUCAGAAAGGAAGUCCCAAUUAAGUUCUACAGAAGUUAGACCUCAAAAGGAGAUAAGUCAUAACAUUGAAUCUCUAAUUUCAGAAACUUCUAGAAUGCGAGAGAGUGAGGGAACUGAAGAACAGGAAUUAAAAUAUAUUGUUUUAAACAAAAGUUCUGUAGAAGAUCCAGAAGAACAGACUUUUCAAUAUGUAAAGAAGAGCAUGAAUAAUGCAGAUACUUGUUCAGAAAACAAUAGUAGAACAAAUGUUCUACCUUCAGACCACUCUCUGGGAUCCUUAAUGGAUGGGACACUGCCCUGCAAUGUACCUCCAUUGUUAAGUUCUAUCAGAUGUGAAGUUUCCUCUCUGAGUAUAUUGGAUGAGUCAUUUCCAGAAGAACUUGUUAGCAUGGAUCCUAACAGAUCUGCAAGCUUAGAGCCUGAUUGUGCUGUAAUAGACAGCACAUAUGUAACAGGUGGCUCAGAAAAUGAGGAUAUUAAAAAAUCAAAGCUAGACCUACAGUCCCUCUUCAACACAUAUAAAGCGCUGGAAGAGACUACAUCUAGAAGUGAAGAGGAGCUGCAUCAAGCGCAUAAAGGAGGUGAAUCUGUAAGUUGUAGACCAGACCUAAGUCUUGCACCAGAAGAAAGAGAUGAAUUGUAUGGUCCUCUAGAACUCUUCUGCUUGGGAGAGGAAUUUACCAAGAUGCCAUCGCCAGUAUCUCUUGAUGAAAGAAAAUAUUCCCUGUCAUCUUUGCUGGUGUCCUGUCAACAUCUGGAGGAAAUGGCAUCAAUGGUACAUGAAAUCCCAUUAGACUUAAUACAUAAAUUGAAGGAUAAAGAGCAAUUGAAUGAGAAGUGGGGCACGAAGGAAACAUCGUCAUGA